GCUGGACCCCGAAGUAUCUGCUCGAAGACCGUAGUGUUUUUUGCAUUCACCUGUCACAUUUGUUUUAGCCCCACAAAGUGCUGUAGUGAUUGUGGUGGACCCCUCGUAGGUUGGACUUUCUGAUGCUGCUUGACAAUGUCUUCCUGGUUUUUAUUUCUAUUGCAGAGCUCCCUUAUUUAAUUCUUGUUCUUUGUCAACAUUUCACACUGCUUGUUUUUUCCGACAUUUGUUAGAGUUUGGGUUCGCACAGAAGGAACUCGUAACAGUGGAUGCCGGUGGAAGGAUGCCUGACCCCAGCAACAAGAAUGAAGAAAAGGAAAGUCCCCUCCAUCGAGUGCCCUAUGAGAAGCCUCCAUUCACUCUAAGUCAGAUAAAAAAUGCUGUUCCUCCCCAUUGUUUUCAGCGCUCCAUCCUUCGUUCAUUCUCCUUUGUUGUUUGCGACCUGUGCUUGGUCUUUCUCUUCUACCACAUUGCCACAUCUUACUUUCAUCUCCUCCCUUACUCCCUUUCCUACAUUGCUUGGCCUAUAUUCUGGGUUCUCCAAGGCUGCAUCCUAACAGGUGUUUGGGUAAUUGCUCACGAGUGUGGUCACCACGCUUUCAGUGACUACCAAUGGGUUGACGACACAGUCGGGCUGAUUCUCCACUCUGCCCUUUUAGUUCCAUACUUCUCAUGGAAAUAUAGUCAUCGCCGCCACCACUCUAACACAGGUUCCAUGGAGCGAGAUGAAGUGUUUGUGCCUAAACCCAAGUCUAGAGUAUCAUGGUAUACAAGAUACCUAAACAAUCCACUAGGCCGAGUUGUGUCCCUUGCAAUCACACUGACCCUUGGGUGGCCCCUGUACUUAGCCUUCAAUGUUUCAGGCCGAAACUACGAUCGUUUUGCUUGCCACUUUGAUCCCCAUGGGCCCAUCUACUCCAAUCGAGAUAGGCUUCAAAUUUACAUCUCCGAUGCUGGUAUAUUGGCAGCAACUUAUGUGCUCUAUAACAUUGCUGCAACAAAAGGGUUGGCUUGGCUUGUAUGCAUCUAUGGGGUACCGCUGCUCAUAGUGAACGGGUUUCUUGUUUUGAUCACAUACUUGCAACAUACGCACCCAGCAUUGCCACAUUAUGACUCAUCUGAAUGGGAUUGGCUAAGGGGAGCUCUGGCAACUGUGGAUAGAGAUUAUGGGGUGUUGAAUAAAGUGUUUCAUAACAUCACAGAUACACAUGUGGCUCACCAUCUCUUCUCAACAAUGCCACAUUAUCAUGCAAUGGAGGCCACUAAAGCAAUCAAACCCAUACUGGGCAAGUAUUAUCGUUUUGAUGGCACUCCAGUUUACAAGGCUAUGUGGAGGGAGGCCAAAGAGUGUCUUUAUGUUGAACCUGAUGAGGAUGCUGGCAGCAAGGGUGUUUUCUGGUAUCGGAACAAGUUCUAAUACCAGCUGUCACCCAGUCAGAUGAGGUCUAAUGAAAACUAUGCACGUGGCAGUAGGGCAUUAAUAAAAAGAUGGUAGAAAACAUGUUGCCUGCUAGUCUCAUGCUUAUAUGCGUUGUUGAGAUUUAUGGAAUGAAUGUGCUCUGUUAAUGAACCUCAACAACUCACUAAUGUAGCUGAUGUUGAGCUUUCAUCCUUAUUAUCUUCUCUUUGAGCACUAAUACCAAUCAUGCUGUGCUUUUUAUUGGACUUUUUCUUUUCCCUCUGAGCACUGGUAUUAGUUAUGUUUUACAUGUCAAUCGUUAUUUCAAUUUCUAUAAAAACCUUUUUUAUUUGGU